AGAGCAACAAGUGUGAUGGUUUACAGUGGUUUGGUUUUUUGACUUGUGGGAAAGGAUUUUGUCACACAUUUCCAUCGAGUGGGCUCAGUCACCUCUCGGGCAGAUUUUGGAGUUUGUCACGCGUUUUAAUUAAGACUACAGCUCGUCAAAUUACCGGCCUGCCAUGCCACGGUCAUUUCUGGUGAAAAACAAACGGUGCGCAUCUUAUAACGUGCACCGAGCAUAUGACGACGAACCGAAGGCCCCGAUACAUGCAGAAGUCCCAUCAGAGGUUCAGAGUGCAGACUCUCCACAGAGUCCUGAGUCUGUGGGGCAGCCCUCCAACCCGGACUCCUUCACCUUUGACAAGGAGGAGGAGGAGCUCAAAUGCCCCUUACCUGUCCACCCAGAGCCGACCAGACCCCCGGUGGCCCCAACACAGCCAUAUUACUUAUCUGAUCCUCACGUUGGAGAAUUCCCCCCCUACUACAAGCCCACGUACGCCUGGGAGCCCGUGCCUUCCUCCUACGAGCUCCGCCAGAUGAGUUUCAGCCCGACUGUCCUGCAGCACGCCAGCAAUCUGUACGGAGCUCGCAUCAGUCGCGGCCCGCAAACCCAGCAGCCUCUGGACUGCAGCACGCACUACUCGCCCUCGUCCAACACCUACCACUGCAUCACCUGCGAUAAGGUGUUCUCCACCCCUCAUGGACUUGAGGUGCACGUCAGGAGGUCCCACAGCGGGACUAGACCCUUUGGGUGCAGCAUCUGUCGGAAAACAUUCGGCCACGCAGUCAGUCUGGAACAACACAUGAACGUCCACUCUCAGGAAAAAAGUUUCGAGUGCAAGAUGUGCGGGAAAACAUUCAAGCGCUCCUCCACUCUCUCCACCCACCUGCUCAUCCACUCAGACACGAGGCCUUACCCCUGCCAGUACUGCGGCAAGAGGUUCCACCAGAAAUCUGACAUGAAGAAACACACAUACAUUCACACCGGUGAAAAGCCCCACAAAUGCCAAGUGUGUGGUAAAGCCUUCAGUCAGAGCUCCAACCUCAUUACCCACAGCAGGAAACACACAGGUUUCAAACCCUUUGGCUGUGAGAUUUGUUCCAAGGGCUUCCAACGCAAGGUGGAUCUCCGCAGGCACCAUGAGAGCCAGCAUGGACUGAAGUGAAGAUGACAGCGUGACACCAGCAGCAGAAACCAAAAACAACCUUAAAAGAGGAUAUUUAUUACAAGAGCCGAAACUGUGCCAAAGUGAUUCACUGAUAUUGAUAUUGUUAUUGGCUGUACAGGAUCUUUUGAGGUGAUUGUAAUGAAUAAAAUAAACUGUGAAAUUUUGAGAGAAGGCAAUUUAACCCCAGCAAAAAGCUAAUUCAAAGCAAUUAAUUUUUUUUUUUUUUUUUUUUUUUAAAGUUGGUUUAAAUUAGGGCUGCCACGAUUAAUCGAUUAAUCGCGACGACGUCAACAAUCAAAAUAGUCGGCGACUAAUUUAGUAAUCGACUUAAUCUUUUUUUUUUUUUUUUUAAGAUUUGUUUUUCGCUCGAAUCUGCCGCUGAACCUUCUGCUGUCAUGUUUGCCUUCUGUCCUUGACGCACAUGCGCAGCACAGCUCAUCGGAGUCA